UUCAUAAGUUUGUCCUCAGCCGUGGUCACCACCUUCGCCGGCCUGGCUAUAAUAUCGACGUUAUUUAGGCUAGGCUACCGGUACCGGAUCCGUCGGUUUUGGCUGGAUGACGGUUGGGCAGCUGCGUCCGUCCUGGCGCAGUUCGUUCUCAUCAUCAACCUGUGGAUCAGAACGGAUACCCCAGGUAUGCCAUCCGAAUCAAGGGAGGCCCGGGUGGUAGCGUAUUGGCUUGUCUCACUUUCCUUCACCUGUACGCUCUGGGCGGCUCGGAUGAGCCAACUAUUUUCGGUCAUUCGUAUCAUCCCCGCCAUCAUGAAGAUGCGCAAAGUGGCGUAUGCCCUUGCCGGCCUUUUCGGGGCCAUGUGGGUGGCCUUGCUGAUCCAGAAGGUAGUAAUCUGCAGAAGAGACACCUCUUGGUAUCAUAUGGCAAAACCGCAGUGCCAUCUCGGCCAUGCCGUAGCAAGCACCGAAUUAACCACCGACUUUAUCUCCGACACGAUGCUCGUCGUCGUUCCGCUGAAGCUGCUUUGGGGCCUUAGUAUGGAGCACACGCACCUCAAACUGCUCAUUGCCAUAUUCUCGGCUAGUAUCCUGACGACCAUUGUCAGUGCCAUUCACGCCUACUUCGUGCUGGGGCCGUCAGGCUUGUUGGAAGCCACGACAGCCAACGUAGAGGCUUCGGUCUCCCUCAUAGUAGCGAAUCUAGCAGUCAUAGUGACGUAUCUCUACCGGCUCAUCAAAGGCGAGCACACUAUGGACAGCGCGGUCUACGUGUCGACC